AAUAAUAAUAAUAAGAAUACAAAAGAACAUCAAUAAAAAAAUUUGAAAUAUUAUUUUAACUCUCAAUUAUUAGCUGAAUCAGUGAUGUUAAUGAAUAUAUUGAUUGUUAAGUAGCCAAAGAUGAAUCAAAUGGACGAGAAUUAUUGGAAACAGUUGGCACAAGACUGGAUUAGAAAGCAAUCGCAGACGAGUGAAGUUUUAUUGCCAAAAGAUCUACAAAUUCCAGAAGCACCAAAGAUAAGCUUCACAGACAACACUAAUUAUGAUAACUUGGCUGUAGCUGAUAUGGAUAUUGAGGAUGUUAAGGAAGAACCAGUAUGGAAUAAUUCUGUUCAUCAAAUUCCGACUACAAUUGAUUUUUCAAACAUCCAGCAAACACCAUUUAUUCAAGUUCCGACUGUCGUACAGCAAAUCUCCGUCACUUCUAGUUCCAGUCGUUUUCAUAAGAAUCAUGAUGCACCACGCAAAAGCCAUUAUACUCAACAUCAGCCAUUAAUUAUACCAGAUCCACCGUCAAUGAAUAAUAUUGAAGAUCAAAUCAAUACAAUUGACAUGGAUAUGGAUGAUUCCGAUAAUGAUGAUAGCAAUAGCAAUUCUGCGUCGUCUGUAGGCAUGAUGGAUAUACAGAAACGUAAGAAAUUGCCAAUUUGGAUUCGAGAAGGCUUGGAAAAAAUUAAACGUGAGAAGGAACUAGAAAAAGCACGAUUAAGAGAAGAACUAAAGCAAAAAGAGGACGAAGAGAAUCGGAAAAAAUUGAUGGAAGAGGCACUUAAAGAGAUUGAAAAGGAAAAAGUUUCUAAAAGCAAAUAUGAAUCAUCUGAUUCUGAAACGGAAGAGACUGACAAUAAUGUACCCCAAAAUCAACAUGAGCCAAUUGAAAAUGAUGAAGAAGCUUUUGAAAAAAUGAUGUUACUUGUUCGGAAAACUCUGACACAAUUGUUAUUAGAAGUAACAGAUGAAAAAAUUCAAGAGAUAAGUACUGAAACUCUGUCAAAGUAUCGCAAAAAAGCUUCAGCGACCUCAAAGCCUCCUGCACUCAUCGGACUUGGACUAGGUGCCUAUUCGAGUAGCACAGAUGAGGAAGAUUCUGAACAUGAGAAUGGUGAAAACAGCGAUUGGGAGACAGAUUCAGUUUUGAGGGAACGAAUCCAUAAAAAGCAAGCAAUAUUCGAGAAGCUAGUAAAUGAAAGGAUUGAUAAGCAGACCGCAGAGGAAGAGGAAAGAUUAAAAAAACGAUCGUCAUCAAAAUCAGAAGCAAAGCAUGCAAAAAUCAGGCAUUCAGAUAGUGAUGACGAUAGACAAAAAAAGUUCAAAAGUACUCGUAAAGAUGGUGAGGAAAAAUAUGAGACAAUGAUUUAUUCCAUAUCCACAUCAUCUGGUCCUUUAAUGAGAGUACCACGGGAAAAGAAGACACGUUUUAGUGAUCCAAAAGACGGACGAUCGACGACUCAAAUGACACAUCUUGGUAUGGUCGAUAGUACUCGAUCGACAAGUGAAAAUGGCACAAAUAUGAUCCCAAAAAUAAUUGUUCCACAACUUCCGCGGAUUGUUGAGAAGGCAGAAAAUAGCGAAAGUCCAAAAAAGGAGAAGAAGAAAAAGCGUCGAGAUUCGUCGUCAAGCUCAUCCGAUUCUGGACAUCGUAAAAAGCACAAAAAACACAAAAAGUCAAGUAAAAAUAGCAAAAAGUCUAGUAAAAAGAAAGAUAAAUCACGUUCUCCAUCGAGGUCUCGUGACAAAGAUAAAAGACAUCAUUCAAGAAAAUCAGAUCGCCGGUCAAUCGAGUCUAAAUCGUCAAUACGUUCAGAAUCUAGCAGACGUCGAUCAAGGAGUCAUUCGAGAAGCCAGGAAAGGCACAGACGUAGGUAUUAAAUUAUGCAAAUUUAUGUAUCAAUUAAAUCGAUCCCAUAUAUUAGGGACAAAUAAUAGUCAAUGCUUUUUUUUCGGUGUAUAGUUAAGGAUAUAAAAAAUUUAAAAACUCCGCAAUUUUUAACCAACUUUGAGUAAAAAUUGAAUUAAACAUCCCCUCUUUCUUUGUGAUUAUUUUUUUUUGUCAAGCGCUGAAAUAAACCAACUUUCCAUUUGA